AUGUCGACGAGAUCAGACCCAUCGGCAACUACCACCGGCAAUUCCACCAUUGGAAACGAUGUCACCCCCCCAGGCAUGCUCGACAAGUACCUCGAGGGUUCUCCAACAAUCACCGAGAGGCUUUCAUUCUCACACCAGGGCAAGUCGACUCAGAAGGUGGCUAUCAGAGUGGCAGAGGCAAGAGAGAAGAUCGAGGUUCUUUUGCAUAAUUGGGACAUGAGGUGGGAGAAGGCGGGCCAAAUUCAGGGUUGA